AUGGAGCAAGCACCCAGCGCGCCGAGCCCUCCUUCUAAACCGACCCAUCACGAGCCCAUCAGCUUCGGCAUCGACCAGAUCCUGGGAGCCGGCACGGAGCCGGAGAGCGGGCGCACGGCUGGGAGACAGAGUGGAUCCGAUUUAAGCAGCGGGGACGGUUAUUACAGUUUAGGAAGCCCGACCGGGGCCAGCGCGCCCUCUUACACCGCGCUGUCUAUCUCCCUUUCCGGUAUAAUGCCUCCAGUGGAGGCUCCGGGUUCGUACGGGGAGAGCAGGAGUCUGGGAAGCCGGGGAGUGAUCCGAGUCCCGGCGCACAGACCCAUGACAGCCCCGGGACCCCCGGCCCCUGUGCAGGGCGCCAUGCCUGGGUUUGGAGGGCUGUGCUUCCCCUGGAUAGGGAACAGGUUCGCCAAGGACAGGAUAUCAGCAGCGCUUGUGCCGUUCGCAGUGACGCGGCGGAUAGGACACCCGUACCAGAACCGGACGCCUCCCAAGCGGAAAAAGCCCCGCACGUCCUUCUCCCGGGUCCAGAUCUGCGAGCUGGAGAAGCGCUUCCACCGGCAGAAGUACCUGGCCAGCGCCGAGCGCGCGGCCCUGGCCAAGAGUCUGAAGAUGACGGACGCACAGGUCAAAACCUGGUUUCAGAACCGCAGGACCAAGUGGAGGAGACAGACAGCCGAGGAGAGGGAGGCGGAGCGUCAGCAGGCCAAUCGGCUCAUCCUGCAGCUGCAGCAGUCCGCCCUCCAGAAGUCUCUCGGCGAAUCAGCGGUGUCGGAUCCACUGUGCGCGCACAACUCCUCCCUGUACGCGCUGCAGAACCUGCAGCCCUGGGCCGAGGAGCGGGAGUAG